CAUUUAUUGACUUAUGGAAAGUGCCCCUGAUGUUAGUCCAAUUGAAUCAAGUUUAGAAGAAUACUGUUCUUCUCUAUCAGAUCCUCUUCUUUACGGUCUCUCAUCCAACUUGCAACAGAAAGAGCAAUGGCAGCAUAUUCUAGAAAACGUGUACAAUCAUCUUUCUGAAAUUGCUUCAAAUGAUGAGUCUUUAAAAUCUCGGAUCCUGCUACCGAAGCUUCUUGUCGAGAAUUUUGAUGAAGAACAAAUUUGGCAACAAUUAGAGUUGCUGAAUGGUGUUUUGGUGGAAAACGUUCAAAGUGAGAUUAACAAAAAAUUGUCUGAGAAGACUCCCUCUCCAGAAAAAGCAGAACCACCACCUGCUGACGAUGCACCAGAUUCUGAAGAGCCUGACAAUUCUGAGGAUGAAAUGGACGAAGAUCUUGAUACUGAAGCUCGAGUUGAAUCCGGGGAUGGUAAGGCAACUCCAAAAUUUGAUUUAGCAGAUAUGGAUAAGUUUUGUGAAGCGGUAGAGCAAGAACCGGACGAAGAAGCAGAUGAAUCAGGAGAAGAAAUGGAAGCUGAUAUAUUCGGCGAAGGUGAUGAUGGAGAUGAUGGAGAUGAUGAAGAUGACAAGAUUGAAUCAAAACUUGAGAUGGAGCUCAAAAAGAUACAUAAAAAGAUUUCCGCUAACGAGGAGCAGUCAAUGCAGCCGAAGACGUGGCAAAUGUUGGGAGAGAGCUCCCAGAGAGAUCGAGACAACAAUGCUCUGCUAGAAGAGCACCUGCAGUUUGACCAUGGACUUCGUCCUGCCCCUGAGAUAACUAUAGAAACUACGAGUAAAAUCGAGAAGUUGCUAAUUGAAAGAAUCAAAGUUAAGCUGUUUGAUGAUGUUGAACGGAAAGAGAAACCAGUUGGUAGAGAUAUAAUGAAGCAAAGAGAAGUGCCCCUCAACCAGGAGAAGAGUCAGCUUAGUUUAGCGGAGGUAUACGAAAAAGAUUAUCUAGCUGCUCAGGAGCAAGCAGAAGGGGUGGAAAAAGAAGAAAUCAACGAAGCCGAGGAAACGAUUAAAAACGAUUUGACGAACUUAUUCAGGAAACUGGACGCUUUGUCUAACUUCGGUUUUGCUCCUAAAGGAGUGAUCGAGGAGUUGAAAGUAAUAGUCAAUGCUCCAGCUAUAAGUGUUGAAGAGGCAAUACCUACUGCUGUAGCUGAAACUCAGAUACUGGCUCCUGCAGAGGUUAAAGCGAAGCAGAAGGAAGAACUGAGAACGAGUGUAGAAGAAACUGGAACAGACAAAAAGAGGAAACGAAGGAAGAUUAAGAAAUCUCAGUCCUUAAAAGCAAGCGAAAGAGAUCUUAAGAAGAUGCGAUUAGAAAGGGAAUCUGGCGAAAAGAAACAAACUAAAAAGGAUACAAUUGCUGCAGUGAGUGAAGAAGUUAAGCAGGGUAUCACCUUAGCAAAGAAAUCUUCAGAGAAGAUCAACUCAAACUUUUUCUCAAAACUUCAGGACUCGAUAAACCAGGAAGCUGCAAGUGAUCCUGGGAAACGGAAGAAAAAGACUAAAGUAGCUAAAACUAAAAAUUUCAAUAAGUUUGGCUGAGAUAUUGUUUCAAAUAUAACUUUUUAACUAAUUUAUUUGAAGGAAACUUUUCUUUUAUGUUGUGGUUUUAGAUAGACUUUAAAGACAUACAUUUUACUCGGUGAUUUUCAACAGAAAAACACAGUUUUAAUUUUGACAUACAAUAAAAAUAUGUUCUACCACAUUAUGAAACGUAACGAAAGUUGCGUUUUAAAAAGAUCCUUUGUUCAGGCGUUAUAUCGUUACUGAAAUGAUUCAUUUGAAAAGCUGAACUUUUUAAAACAAUUCAUUAUGCUGCACUGGUAUAACAGACUGAAUGUUAACACUUUUUU